AUGAUGGGCGAAAAAGUGGAACUGGCUGACAUGAUGGAAUACCUCCGCAGAAUGGAAAAGAAAAACGCCACACCCACAGCCCUAGCUGAAAAGGAAGAAAGCGGGCAUGGAAACAAUCCCGAUUUGGAACCAAUGGACAUUGGAGCUGUGAACACCAAGCCAGCUAAACACGGGGCUAGAAGCGGCUACCUGAAGGGGCCACGCGAGAUAACGGCCGCACCUACAGACCGACCUCGAGUCAAUUCAGUACUUGUACAAGUGACCCAGUGGAAGGUGCAAAUGCGUUCCUCUGAUGAUGCCAUAGAGGUCACUCCGCCUGGAAGUGAUGAGAGAGUGCACCUCUCAGCGCUCCCAACGGCAUUUGCAUCCUCUAUGGUUCGAGGUGUGGAGAUUGUGUCCGAAGAAAAAGGGAGCGACGAGGCUUCCCCACCGUGCAGAGGCACCGAAGAGAAUAAUGGAGGCACGCAAGCACUCCGUCAUGAUGGUCUGGCGAAGACCGCAGUUUUGCGGGAAUCGAUCCAGUUAACACCCGAGGAAUGGCAGAAGUUGGCAAAAUUGAAGGAAGAGUUCUCAGACGCACUCAAUAGCAAAGAGGUACCGGCGAGCAGACGACCCCCUCACCUGGAAGAGGAAAUUGAGCGGCAGGGCAAGGUUCAGCCGUCAACUAGCGCCUUUGGGCACAAUCGCGUGCUGGCGAAGAAAAAGGACGGCAGGUGGCGCAUGUGCGUCGACUUCAAGCACCUCAACAAGAUUACAGUGAAACAGAAGUUUCCGAUGCCCAGGGUGGACGAAAUCCUCGACCGCCUACAGGGUUCGGCGGUAUACUCAGCAUUUGACUUCGCCGAGGCCUUUUUGCAUAUCUCUAUUCACCCGGAGGAUAGGCACAAGACGGCGUUCCAUAGCCGCACUCGCAACCUGGAGUAUACUUCAGGGGUUGAACCAGAUCCGGCUAAGAUCGAGGCAAUUCAGAGGUGGCCGCUACCGCUGUACACGCGGACGGACGUUCAGAAGUUCGUCAGGCUCGCCUCAUACUGUCGCAAUUUCAUUCCUGGGUUCGCUCGCAUUGCUGCCCCUCUAACUGAUCUCCUCAAGAAGGAGAAGCAGUUUAUUUGGACGGAGAACGAGGAUGAAGCCGCCCGACGCCUCAUCGGACACAUGACAUCAUCCCCAGUACUCGCGCUCCUUGAUUUUGAUAAACCCUUUUUCCUUACGACCGAUGCCAGUGACACCGCAGUCGCGGUUAUGCUCUCUCAGCAGGCUAUUGAUACUCAUGCGGCUGCAGUCCUAGCUAAGCUCAACCACGGGCGACGGGUCAAGCACUACAGCACCGAUGGCGAUAUCCUGUGGUAUCACACGAAGCGUGGUGUUCGUCAAUUGUACGUUCUGGCCUCGCUUCGCACGGAACUUUUACGGAAAAUGCAUGACCAUGCCUUGGCAGGUCAUGGUGGGGUCAAUACAACGGUGGAGCGUGUUGCCAGGUCCUUGUGGUGGCCUAGGAUGCGCCCCUCUGUCGAGGAAUACGUCCUCUCUUGUCCGGACUGCCAGAAGCAAAAGCCGCGAAACACGCUCAAACCCGGAUUCCUGCAUAGCCUGUCUAUUCCCGAUAGGAUCUGGACGGAUAUCUCCAUGGAUUUCAUACUGGGCUUACCACCCGUCAGAGGCCAUGAUAGUAUAUAUAUUGUGGUGGACCGGCUUAGCAAAUAUGCUCACUUUAUUCCCUGCUCGAGCACGGUCACAGCGGAAGGAGUGUCCCAACUAUUCAUCAAUCAUGUGUGGAAGCUCCACGGCUCCCCAAAAAGCAUCAUUGCCGACAGGGAUCCGAAGUUCGUUAGCGCCUUCUGGCGCAGCCUCAUGCAACGGCUCGGUAUCGACCACAACAUGACAACCGCCAACCAUCCGGAGGCUGACGGCCAGACCGAAGGGACUAACCGCACGCUGGUGGAGUAUUUGCGACUUUACACCCAACAUAACACAUCUAACUGGCUUGACUUUCUUGCUUUCAGCUUCAACCCGGGCGACUUGGUUCUGGUGGAUUCGCACGCCCUCCGUAGCGCGCAGGAGGGCGAGCAACCCAAAAAGUUUGCCACACGACGGGUUGGACCGUUUGCGGUCCGCUCUCCGGUCAACGCCUUGGCGUAUAUUAUCGAUUUACCCCCAACGUGGAGAUGUCACCACACUAUUAAUGUGGGUUUCUUAAAACAGCUUCGGGGAUCUCCGCGGUUUCCUCGCACUCUAGCGAGGAAACCGCACCAACGACCCCGCGAGCUUCCCCGCCUCGAGGAGACAGAGAUUCUCGAAGUGCGGGUUAACGCCCGCCGCGGCCAUCGGAAACGCGAAUAUUACGUCAAAUGGCCGGGCACACGCGAUCCCGAGUGGGUUUCGGAGGAUCGACUACGGGAUGCGAUCCCCCCCGAACAGCUAAGUGCUCUCCUGGACCUCGCAUCGCCUACACCUAGUGUGUGGAUGCAGGCAGGUUGCGGGAGUGGGAACGGGCACCGGGGAGGAGAACAGCAGAGGCAGCAGCAGCGGCAGCAGCAGCAGCAACCGAUCAAGUUCAACAUGACCAUCUGCGCACGAGGACGUGCGCUUUUUGCUGAUGGGGGGGCAGAUGUAACAUGA